ACAUUUGCGGACCAGCUUCUCCAAGUCGAUCAUUCAACUGAGGCCUCCAGCAGAAUGGUACUUAUAGUGGGCAAUCGUAUCUUCGCUCUCCGUGAGGGCGAUGUUUCUAUCUCCGACUUUCUUUUGGAUCCUACCACUCAAGCAUGCGUUCUGUCCUCUAGUCGUCCAUCACGAGUUCUCUACUUCGCUCACCCCCUUCCGCCCUCGACCUUGAAUCACCUCACUCCUUCUGAACUACGCGUUCUAUACCAGCAUAUCGAUGGCACUCGUUACCUGCUAUUCCAGAGCGUAGAGGGCGAUGAAGAAGAUGGGAUCCGUGCUUUACAGUACCAAACUGGCAUCCAGGCUAGAAUCCUGCGGAAACUGCGAGAGCAAACAGAUGAAACAGAUGACUUACUUCCAGAGCCUACUAUGCUGCUAGUUGAAGCGCCCAACGGUGAUUCUGACCCGAAAGUGAUAAAAGCGUGGGUAGACGGGGGUCUGGGUCAACCCUUUCCCUUGCAACUUCCCGUGUACCCCGAGCCUCCACUGUCCCACAUCAAGCAGGGCGAUGGUUACGAGCUACGAAAUGAUGCUAUGGAUGAUCCUACUUGGGAUAUAUACUUUAAAGCCAUCGCCUCGCUGUCAAAGGAGGACCUCAACCGCUACAUUAACGGUGAAAUUGAAGUUGCGAGGAAUCAUUUGGGUCAAGAUAGCGACUUUCACAUCAUUCCUGGCGAUGGUCAUCCGCACAGGGCGAGAUAUAUGGAUUGGAUGCAGAAGACGAGGGUUCCUGAUACAGUCGUAAGGCCGCCUAGUAUUUGGAAAAGAGCUCGUCCCGCUUCUUUCUCUGCUGAAAAAACUGGAACAUCUAAAGUCGACCAGAAUCGUUUUCCCAACUCAGAGUUGGCAAAAGAGAAUCAUGACACCACGUUCGAUCACGGUGGAAGCCCCGGUCACAAAGCUCAAGAUGAUGACGCUUUGGGUGGAGGAUGUGCAAGAUACACGCCUGCUGAGUGGCUGCUUUCUAGCUCUAAAUGGCCCUCGAACGUCCUGAAGUUUCUGGCUUUCAUCAAAACCCUUCAUCCGGCAGAGCUCGGCCUCCUUGCAGUCUGCGAUUUACACGUUGUAAAAGGCUCCUCAGAAUUCGGGUACCAACUUGCAACCUACAGGGAGCCUACCCAAACGAUCUUGUCUCGAAAGGAAUGGUACGCAAUCUUUGCUGACUACAAAAACGACGAAGACUACGAGAGUGAGCAAGCAUUCAAGCACGCUCUCGAUCACGCGGCCGAUGAGGCACUCCCUUUCUUGUUCUACGGCCUCCUCGUAGAGCGCAAGGGCAUUCGUCGAAGUGUCAAGGGUAAUCCACAACUCAAUAUGACCGGCCAAGAAUGGCGUAAGCGCUUCUUCGGCAGGGAUUCUAAAGAGAGCCUCAGAGAGUGGAGGGAAAGUAUGUCAGAUAGUGAACUCCAUUAUUUUUAUUCGAAGAUCUCAAAGGAUGGUCGCGCUUCGGAAGAACUCCUAGAGACUUUGGAUCCCGACCAGCCUCUCCCUUUGUGCCGAUGCUUUCUCGCCGACGGCUCUGAAUCGGAUGUCGGCGACAAUCCUUCUAUAGACAACUGUCUCUCGAUGAAUCACCUGAACUUGGAACAUGCAUUCUUGCAUAAAGACUUGUCCGAUUCAAGUGUUACAUCGCUGGUUACGUUCAUAGAAAGUCUCACUGACUUCGAGGUCAAUGCUUUCCUCGAGAACAAAUUACGUCUCGGUAGGCGUUCCGAGCCUGGAUGGUACCUUUUCGGAGAUAAAAAUAUACAAGGUCGUAUUCACGAGGAACGCGAAGUUGCUGAGGAGCUCAAAAGAUAUCUGAGAGGCAAAGCAAAGGAUUGUGGCAAACUAAAGCUGGAGUGGAAAGAAGAUCGAGGGGGAAGAUUCGCUGGCAAGAGUCCGGCGAAGGAAGAUCAAAUUGCAGAGUAUAGCGAGCAAGAUUCCACUGAACCCUUGAAUGGAAAUGGAGCAUGGGAUAUACCAACCGAAAUAAGGACCGGGAGUGAUCCCAGAAAUUAUCAAGAUUACUGGUGCGACGAGAGAGCUCCAGAUGCGUAUGGGAAGAACAAAGCACCAAGGUCACCAACCGAACAGAAGAAGGAGGGUCUGAUGGGGGAAUUGGAUCUUCCACGCUACCGUGAAAAACAAGUCAAUGAGUUCUGUAAGAGCAAUGACAUAUGGUGGCCACCUGCGGGUCAAUCUUUCGUCGGUAGCACAUAUGAUUGUCACAUCCCUUCAUACUCGCAGCCUUUGUCGCUUCAGGAAGAACCUCGGUCGCAAGCUUUACAUGAACAGCGGGCCUUCGAUGCUGUGAAUGGAACUAAUAUCAACCCAGAUGAUCGCACGCGCCAGUUCUGGAAGGGGCAGGUUGCUCCGCCGCAUCUUAUGGAGGAUGUUGUCCCACCACGUCGAUCGCGCCCAUACUAGC